AUGACCUCCAAACAGACCAAGAAGAAGGAGGUGCAUCGUAUCAACUCGGCGCACGGAUCGGAUAAAAGCAGAGAUCUGUACCCUUUUGACAGUUAUGUACAACCUACUUCUGUUGAACAGAAGAAAGGGAAAUUCCCAAUCUGGCCAGAGUGGAGUGAAGCUGACAUAAAUGCAGAAAAGUGGGAUGCAGGCAAAGGUGGCAAAGAAAAGGACAAAACAGGGAAAAGCCCUGUGUUUCAUUUUUUUGAAGACCCUGAAGGAAAGAUUGAAUUACCACCAUCAUUGAAAAUUUAUUCCUGGAAACGUCCACAGGAUAUUUUAAUUAGUCGGACUCCUGUAGUUGUGAAGGAUGAAAUCACAUUUGACUUGUUUUCAGCAAAUGAACAUUUACUCUGCAGUGAGCUGAUGAGAUGGAUUAUCAGUGAAAUCUAUGCAGUGUGGAAGAUAUUCAAUGGAGGAAUUUUGAGCAAUUAUUUUAAAGGGUCUUCAGGGGAACCUCCACUUCUCCCUUGGAAGCCGUGGGAACACAUAUACUCUCUGUGCAAGGCUGUGAAGGGUCAUGUGCCUUUGUUCAAUAGCUAUGGAAAGUAUGUUGUGAAACUUUACUGGAUGGGUUGCUGGAGAAAGAUAACUAUUGAUGACUUUCUGCCAUUUGAUGAGGAUAACAAUCUAUUACUUCCAGCUACAACCUAUGAAUUUGAACUCUGGCCAAUGCUUUUGUCUAAAGCUAUCAUUAAACUGGCAAAUGUUGAUAUCCAUGUAGCACAGAGGAGAGAGCUGGGCGAGUUUACUGUUAUUCAUGCACUCACAGGGUGGUUACCGGAAGUCAUUUCUCUUCACCCAGGAUAUAUGGACAAAGUUUGGGAGCUCUUAAAAGAAAUAUUGCCUGAGUUUAAGGUGUCAGAUGCGAACAACUCUGAAAGCAAAAUAGCAGCGAUAGAUACCAAGUUAAAAGAACCAGGAAAAGAUGUGAAAGAUGGCAAAGAAGGGAAGGAUGGAAAAGAAGUGAAAGACGGGAAGGAAUUCAAACCUGAGGGUUCCUCGACGACACUAAAACUUCCUGAGAAGACUGACAAAGCUCCAAAGGAGAAAGCAGAUGCAAAAGACAUCGGAAAGAAGAGGAGUAAAGAAGGAGAAAAGGAAAAGGAGAAGGAAAAAUUCAAAUUUUCACUUCAUGGUUCAAGACCCUCAUCAGAUGUACAAUAUUCUGUGCAGUCCCUAUCAGACUGUUCUUCAGCAAUACAGUCCCCUCACAUGGUUGUAUAUGCUACCUUUACACCUCUCUAUUUGUUUGAAAACAAGAUCUUUUCAUUAGCGAAGAUGGCAGAUUCUGCUGAGAAACUUAGGGAAUAUGGACUUUCCCACAUCUAUAGCCACCCUGUGCUGGUGACUAGAAGUAGGUCUUGUCCUCUUGUCGCACCCCCAAAACCCCUUCCCAUACAUUCCUGGAAACUCAUUCGUCCAAAAAAAGAAUCUGUUAUAACAGACGAAGCUCAAGAUUUAAUAAUAAAGAAGCCUGACCAGUUUCUUGAGAUUUCAAGUCCAUUUUUGAAUUAUAGAAUGGCUCCAUUUACAAUUCCAACAGAAACGCAUAAUGUACGAUCUUUUAUUAAGAAAGGGAUGACUCCACAAUCUGGUUUAUCUUCCCUCACUGAAAAUGAUGAAACUGCAACCUUUAGCCAGUCAGACUUGUGUCAAAUAACAGGAGCUAUAUGUCAGGGUAAUACUGCUUCAGUUAUACCUGGGAAAGGUAAAGAUGAACAAAUAGACUCUGGAUUGAGUGACUUCCAUCAAGCUGAUGGAUUUAGCUUGGAAAGAGAUUUGGUCAGCCCAACAGCAACACAGGAAAAAUCACAGGAAGAACUUGCAAUAAUCAAUAACGGUGUUUCUAAGGAAAUAUGGGUAGAUUUUGAAGACUUCUGUGUAUGCUUUCAGAAUAUAUAUAUUUUCCACAAGCCAAGUUCAUACUGCCUUAACUUUCAAAAAACAGAAUUUAAGUUCUCAGAAGAACGUGUGUUCUACCAUCUAUUUGUGGAUAGUCUAAAACCUAUCGAGCUCUUUGUUUGCUUUUCUGCAUUGGUACGCUGGGGUGAGUCUGGAGCCUUGACCAAAGAUAGCCCUGCUGUAGAGCCUGGACUCCUAAUAGCAGAAACGUUUUCUUGGAAAUCUCUCAAGUCCCGCAAUCUUGUUCUGAAGAUACAUACAUAUGCUACCAAGGCUACAAUGGUUCGCCUUCCUGUUGGCAGGCACAUGCUGCUCUUCACUGUUUAUUCCCCAGUGGGACAUUCCAUACACAUCUGCAGCAUGGUGACUUUUGUCAUUGGGGAUGAAGAUGUCGUGCUGCCCUACUUUGAGCCGGAGAGCUACCGAUUUACAGAGCAGGCUCUGACAAUUCUGAAAGCUGUUGGGAAUGUGAUUGCUUAUUUCAAAGACAAAGGUAAACUUUCUGCAGCUCUGAAGGAUCUGCAAACAGCUCACUACCCUGUCCCCUUCCACAAUAAAGAAUUAACAGCACAGCACUUCAGGGUUUUUCAUAUUUCUUUAUGGCGUUUAAUGAAAAAAGUUCAAAUAACAAAACCUCCUUCAAACUUCAAAUUUGCAUUCCGUUCUCUGGUUUUGGACGUGGAGUUACUUGAUUCCUCCUUAGAGGAGGUUUCUUUAGUGGAAUGGGUAGACGUUAAAUAUUCUUCACCAGCAAGUGAGAAAGAGUAUUCUCCUGAGGAAGUAACAGCAGCAAUUAAAAUUCAAGCCAUGUGGAAAGGGACUUAUGUUAGAUUACUUAUGAAAGCCAGAAUACCAGACACAAAAGAAAAUAUCAGUGUUGCAGAUACUCUUCAAAAAGUUUGGGCUAUGUUGGAACUGAAUAUAGAACAAUAUGCACUUUCUCUCUUAAGGCUAAUGUUUAAAAGCAAGUGCAAAUCUAUGGAAUCUUAUCCAUGCUAUCAAGAUGAAGAAACUAAGAUUGCUUUUGCUGACUAUUCUGUGACCUAUCAAGAUCAGCCACCAAAUUCUUGGUUCAUAGUAUUCAGAGAAACAUUUUUGGUUACUCAAGAUAUGAUUUUGGUUCCCAAAGUAUAUACUACACUUCCAGUGUGUAUGCUGCACGUUAUUAAUAAUGAUACCAUGGAACAGGUGCCAAAGGUGUUCCAAAAAGUGGUGCCUUAUCUUUAUACCAAGAACAAGAAGGGAUACACAUUUGUGGCCGAAGCAUUUACUGGUGACACGUAUCUGUCAGCUUCACGAUGGAAACUGCGCCUCAUUGGUCCUUACACUCCACUGCCAUGCCUCUCUCGAGAUGCUCCAUGGAAUGCCUUUGCCAUAAAGGAAAUAAGAGAUUACUACAUACCUAAUGAUAAGAAAAUUGUAUUCAGGUAUUCAGUUAAAGUUGCAUUACCACAUCCUGUUACAAUACAGGUACGCACAUCCAGACCAGAUGCAUUCAUCAAACUGCAGGUCCUAGAAAAUGAAGAAAUCAUGGUGAGCUCCAUUGGAAAAGGCCAAGCUCUAAUCCCAGUAUUUAACUUCUUGGGGAAUGAAAAAGCUUUGAGCUCCCAGUCUAGCAAGCAAGUUCUAUCUCAUGCUGCAUCUAAGAAAGAGCAAGAAGUGUAUAGUAAGAAGAAAUUUACCCAGGGAAGUCAGAAAUCCAAUAGAGGUAAACCUGGAAGUUCAGUACAAGACACUGGUCUAUCUCUUUUGGAGGAGGAAACUGUCAGUGUGCCUACUACUAUAGAAGAAAGUUCUAGCAUGCCACAGCAGAGUUACAAGUAUAUUAUACAGUGUUUGGUGUUGUAUGACAGCUGGCCUCUCACUGAAAAUCAGCUGUCAUUUGUUCAAGCACUAAAAGAGUUAGAGAAAAAUGAUACCAAAGCUUAUGGUGAGAAACAUGACGAAUUAAUUACCUUGGGAAGCCCAGAUUUUCAUACUACUAGUGAAGGGCAAAAAUCUUCAGGAACUUCCAAAACAAGAAAAGGCAAAGAAAGAUCUUCGGAGAAAGAAAAGUUUGCCAAAGAGAAGCAAGCUCAGCCUCGCUUUGAGCCUCAGAUGUCCACUGCCCACUCUCAACAAGAAGACCCAAAUAAACCCUACUGGAUUUUGAGAUUAGUCACUGAACAUAGUGAAUCAGACUUAAUUGAAGUGAAAAAAGACACAGAACGAGCAGAUGAAAUCCGAGCCUUGAAGCAAGCCUGGGAGACAACUGAGCCAGGAAGAGCAAUCAAGGCUUCUCAGGCUCGCUUACUUUACCUCAGCCGGUUCAUUAAGAAAAUACCUGAUACUGAGGGUGUGCCUGUCCCUUCAUCUGAAAGCCAAACAAAAUCAGUGGAAGAAGUAGAAUCAUCUGCAAUUGAUGCAAAAGAGCCAGAGGCAAAGAGUUCUACAAAUCUGGAGAGCAAAGAAGGAUCGGGGAAUAUGGUAUGGAAGAAACUGCAAUCGACCAAGGGCCUGAAAGAUCUGACAAAAUCCGCAAGCAAUGAAAGUGGAGGAGCGUCCUCAUCAGAGCGCGAGCCAAGUGUGCGGAGGGAAAAUAUCAAAACAGGGCCUCAUUCGCAAUCCCCAACAAUUUUGGAACUGUCUCCACAACUUAUUCGAACACAACUAGAAUUUAUAAACUUAAAUCAAUAUGUACGGAAAACAGGUAAGGAGCCUCUCCUGCAAACAAACGAACUGAAUCAGCAACAGGCAAUGCAAAAGGCAGAAGAAAUUCAUCAGUUUCGACAGUAUAGGACCAGAGUCCUUAGCAUUAGAGAUAUUGACCAAGAAGAACGGUUCAAGUCAAAGAAUGAAGUCCUGGAGAUGUAUGGGGAAAUGCGGGACUCCUUGGAUGAAGCCCGACAGAAGAUUUUCCAUAUUCGAGAAGAGUACAGAACCAAGGUGCUGGAAGCUGAGCGCCUGAGGUUGGAAGCACUGGCCGAUCAGGAAGCAGCAACGCGGGCGGAGACAGAAAAGAAGGCCCUGGCCCCUGACACACAGAAAAAAAAGAAGGGAAAGAAAAAGUAA